AUGAGUCGCCGUGUUAACGCAGAAGCCAUGGGCCAGAUCCUCGAAGCGCUCUUCCUGCUUCGCUCUUCACGGUUGGCAGAGGCGUUCACCGAUGGAUCUGCGCCAUCUGUUUCCUCGGAGUACUCGACGCAGAAGCCCAGCUUGACCUCAGGAACUGCGGUAGACUGCGCGCGGCACCUUCUCCGCGAUUCUGUUCUUUCUGCUAUCGAAAUUGAGUCCACGCAGUCUGAUUCCUCAUCCCUCUUGAUUAUCAAAGCAGAUCCUUCUGUGACAGCCAAAAAGUCUGCCUACUCAUUGAGCUCUUCAGCCACGUGGCGUCCACGGAAGGAGAUCGGAACUGUGCUUGAGGGCCGUGACUUGCACAGGAUCGACCUCUCCGGCACACGUUUGUCUGCUAGCUUUAAUCGAAGCGAUCUUUCCGAGGCUAUUUUUAUUGGCACCUACUUUGCGCACUGCACGUUCAACUUGUGUGACUUGCGGAAGGCAAAUCUGGCAGGUGCUCAGUUUUACUCUUGCACAUUCUUGUCUACCGACGCGUCCGCAGCAGCAGCACGUCGGGCGCAUUUCUCUCAUUGUGUGUUUCAUAGGGCUGACCUGUCUGAUUGGGAUGCAGCUGGCGCCACCUUCUUUCAAUGCAGCUUCACCUUAUCUGACCUGUCCCGCUGGUCUGUGGACGGACAAACAACUGUAGUGAAGCCAACCAACUGGGGCUGUUGCCGUCGCUUAGACUGGGUGAUGAGGCCAGGGAGCUCGGUGCGUGAGUGCCGCGUGGUCGGAGACGCAAAUGCCACAACCGCCCUUUCAUUGGCACCUGCUGAGAAGUCAUCAUGCAACCUGCCACGGGGGCAUUACUGA